AUGCCAGAGGGCCCCUCAGUGAGGAAGUUCCAGCUGCUGACCUCCCCUUUUGUGGGACAAGUGGUGUCCAAGGUGGGGGGAAGCACAAGGAAGAUCAAUGUGAAUGAUCUGAACGCCCUGAGGCUCCAGGACUCCCAGGUUCAUGGGAAGAAGUUGUUCCUGGCAUUUGUGGCAGCUGAAAGUCCCUCAGCACCAACUGCAGAAGAGACAGUGCUGCAAAGAGAGGCUGCUAGUGGGGCAAGUUCCCCUGGCCAGGAAGGGCAAGAAGAGGUUUGUGCUGCACAGGCAGAUCCCCAGGAUGAGGAAGUGCAGGAACUCCAGCACACCAGGUCUGAAAUCCCAGAUGCAGCAGAGGGUCUGGGCCGCUGGCUGUGGUUCCGCUUCGGCUUGUUUGGCAGCGUUCGGGCAAACGAGUUCUCCAGAGCAAACAAAGCCAACAAGAGAGGGGACUGGAAGGAUCCCACACCCAGACUGGUUCUGCACUUUGAGAGUGGAGGGUUCCUUGCUUUCUACAACUGCCAGAUGAACUGGUGCUCCUCUCCAAGGGUUGAUCCUGCUACUGACAUCCUGUCUGUGGAGUUCCACCGUGGCCGGGCGUUGGACGCUCUCCACAAACCCAGUCCCAUCUGCUACAUCCUCUUAGACCAAAGAUAUUUUUCAGGGUUGGGAAACAUCAUAAAGAAUGAGAUCCUGUACCUGGCCAAGAUCCAUCCAUUAACACGAGGCUCGCUCUUGGCUCGCUCGGAUCUGGAGCAGCUGCUUGACUGUGCCAUUCAGUUCAGCUCUGACUGGCUGCACAGCAAGCUGCGUGGUGAAGGGCUGCACCUUCAGAUCUACCAGAAGCAGCAGUGUCCCCUCGGGCAUGCAGUGAUGAAGGGAACCUUUGGACCCCCAGGUGGCUUUAAGAGACUUACAUGGUGGUGUCCUCAGUGCCAGCCUGUGCUGCUGUCAGGGGAUGGGGAUCAUUCCUCAGUCACUGAGUGA